AUGGAACAACCACCAACAUUGCCAAUAGUUGAAUUGGACAACCUGAUCCAAGGAUUUAAUGAUUUUGAUGAUGCCGCAAUAAGCCAAUCUUCUACUAAUGACACAUUGACAAGCUCUACUUCCAAGGCUAACGAAGCUGAUGGUGGUGGAGGUCUAGGUGGUGGUCAUGGUGGAGGUUUAGGUGGUGGCAUUGGAGGAGGUGGUGGAGGUUUGGGCGGAGGAGGAGGUGUAGGAUUGGGAGGAGGUGGAGCUGGUGGUGGUUUGGUUGGUGGAUCUGGCGGCGGCGGUGGUUUUGGGGCUGGAGGUGGCGAUGGACAUGGAGGAGGCCUAUGA